CUUGAUUGAGUAUGAUAUUUUUUAGAACUCUUAAUAUUACGUUUACAUUUCAAAAUUUUAAAUUAAUAAAAACAGAAAACAUAUUUUGCCGUUUUUAACAGCAAUACGAAAAUUCUAAAAUAUUUAACAGCGUCUCGUGUCUGAAGUGUCUAUUAUUCCAUUAUAAAAAUUAUUAAAUUAAAAAGAAAAUGAAAAGUGCGACAAUAAAUUCCGUAAAUUGUGAAAGAAAGCAACCUACGUCAAAUUAGAAUACUGGAAUUCAAAAAAGUUUAAUGAAAAAGAAAAGAUUCGAGAGCAUAAAACAACAACAUAAUUAAAAUAACCAACAGCUGCAAGACACAAUAUUGCACAACAGCAACAAUAACUUAUAUAAAAAUUAUCAUAUAAUGAAAGCGAACAUUUCCACAGCUGUUGCCACCACAACCACAAAUAUGUUACUUCAACAGCGAAGGCAACGGCGCCCGUGUGGCAGACAACGACGAGGACAACACCAUCACCGGCAUCAGCGUUUGCCACAGCCACAGAAGCUAAUAUUGGCGUUUGUCAUCAUCAUUUGCUUGCAAGGAAUAAAUUGCUUUCAAAGAUUCUCAGAACAGCCAAAGUACACGGAAGUGAAUCCGGGUCAGGACGCUUUAUUAACAUGCAAAGUAAUCGAUAAGCGCGGUACAUGCUCAUGGCAGAAGGAUAACAAGCCCGUUGGCAUUUAUGCCAAAAAAUAUGAAUGGGCUGCCCGCCCUUCUAGCAGUAGUAGCGGCGGCCUACAUCUGGACUUGCAUCCGCCGCCCAUGCAAAUUGGCGGCGAUUGUUCGCUUUGGAUACGUUCGGCGACGUUGGACUUUGAUGACGGCUUGUGGGAGUGUCAGGUGACGGCGAGUGAUUUUACAACACAAGAUGCCCUCACCAGUCAACCGGUGCGCUUGGUUGUCAGAGUUGUACCACAACGUCCACGGUUGGAGUAUGAGGGCGCACAUGUGCCGCCUGGACAUAACAUCACUAUUGACUCAGGCGCUUUGGCAACCGUUAAAUGCGUAUCGCACUAUGGCAAUCCACCGGCGACACUUAAAUGGUAUCUUGGUGACCAAGAGAUUCAACCGAUUCACCCGCAAAUCAACAACACGGAACCGGAUAAUCCCCGAACUUGGUCUGCCACAUCAGUUGUUCAGUUGACAGCGAUGCGUGAACGUCAUGGCGAUAUAUUGCGGUGUUUGGCCCAACAUGAAUCGUAUACGGCAAAAUCAGUGCCUGUUGAGGCACGACUGGAUGUGAAGUAUGCGCCAACCAUCCGUCUAAUUGGCUCGCCGGAAAUCGACUUAGAGGAGGAUAAGGAUGCGCUUAUCCUGCGUUGUGUUGCCGAUGCCAAUCCACCGGCAAGUAUUGUUUGGCGGCGUGCGGGUCGUUCGGAAAUCGCCAGUUUGCAGGAAACACUGCAACUGCGUCCUGUUGGCCGCCGAGAUGCCGGUCUAUAUACGUGUCAAGCGCAAAACUCUGUAGGCACCUCAGAGCAACUAUCAGUACAACUGGACGUUAAGUAUCCACCGAAAAUUGUCUCCGCCGGUCCAGAUAGACUGACAACGGCACCUCUAUUCAGUCCAGCUGCAUUUGAAUGUGUCGCCGAGGGUAAUCCCAUGCCGAGCUAUAAAUGGGUGCAAAGAAUCGCUCAUGGCUCGAAAUUUGUUGAACGCGGCAGCGAAUCAAGGCUUGUCAUCGACAAUGUUACAUACGAUUUUCAAGGUGAAUACGAAUGCCGCGCUACAAACUAUAUUAACGGACAAGAGCGCGUUGCCGUAUCGGACGCAAUUUCAUUGCAAGUUGUGGGAGCACCACAAGUACUACGCCCACAUCCAUCCAUGCACACAAUUUCCGUAAAACGCGGUGAGUCAGCCGUAAUGUCAUUAGUAGUCUGCGCUGAUCCACGGCCACAUCGAGUCUCGUGGGAAUGGGGCUCAUUACGUUUAGAAGCUGGUUCAGGCAUAGACCGUUUUCGCGCCGACGAUAUGCUGCAGGAUACACGCGAGGAUUGCUAUCUAUCGACUUUACACAUUCUACGCACUGAUGAACACGAUUCGCGUCCCUAUUAUUUGGUGGUGGAGAAUGAGCGCGGCUCCGAUCGUCAUGCCAUUCAUUUGAAUGUGGAGGGUACGUUUACAGAACCACUGGAGAUGAGCUACUUACUCGGCAUCGCUGGUGGCUGUUUGGCCGCGAUACUUAUUUUAAUCUGUCUUUGCAUAUAUGCGGUACGCAGUAAAAAAUGUUGCUUCAAGGGCAGUUCCGGCUAUAAAUCAUCAGAUAAAGACAGUGAGAAGGCGGAUUUGAAAUCACGUUCUGACAGUACUAGUGGACCACAGGGUGACUCGAUUUAUACCACACCAGCGGGUUUUCAUCAUCAUCAACAACAGCAACAACAGCAACAAUUGCAACAACAUCACCAACAACAACAGCAACAGCAGCAGCAGCUGCAUCAACAACAACAGCAUCAUCAUAUGCAAUCCGCACACGGAUCACCGGAGGCAAUGAAGGUACGAAUGGCUGCAAUGAUUUUACAGCCGCCAACUAGGGUCUAGCAGGCAAUUAAUAAUAACAAAGAGAAUAUCAAUAAUAAUAUAAA